AUGCAGGCCUUUCACGACUUCUUCUCAAAGACGCCAACUUCGAGUCCCACAGAGGCCUCACAAGCCGCUACACCAGGAACACCAACGGAUUGCCCAAUGAAAAUGUCUACAGCUUCUUUCCAGCAAUUCACUCUCGAACUGAGCCGAUCGAAACCGCCGAGCGCGGCGCACGGCAUGUGGGAUCCCGACGAGGGCGAAUUCGACGAACAAAUAUACUCUGAUUUGCGGAAGUUUCCUACUAAGACACUUAGAGGAAGUCCAAUAAAGUCUGUGCGCAGUAGCCUGCGUACACCGCCUCUGAGCAAGAAGAACCUGCUAAGUCCAAUGGGGACUCCGACUAAGAAAAACGCGCUCAGUCCGUCAGGAUCCACGACCAAAGAUGCACCCCCAGCACGGAGCGUGUGGGAUGCUGAUAACGACGAGUUUGACAAUAGUGUUUAUACCGACUUGAAACAAUCAGUCGCGACGUUCAAGUCCGCGUAUGGCACCUUCAAGCGCUCGAGUACCUAUCGGCGGCCUCACCUCACUCCAUCUUACACGAUUAGAACGGGCACAUACGAUAUUAGCCAAAGCCUUGCAAAUCUCCGCGCGACGUUCGGUCGAGGAAGCUCUAGCGUCACAUCUACAACUUCUACCUACAACGAAGGCGAGGACCACCCACCCGUCAAACAAGAACAAGAAGCACAUCCCCUCCGUGCCCAAGAAAAGCACUACGACCUAGUCGCCGAGCUCACAGACGCGAACUGCAUGAACCCCACCGGCAGCGAUCUCCACGACGACAUCAUGCAGGCCCUCUUCCUCAAAGCCCACCCUUCUCUCCCUCCAUCCUACCCAGCCCGCCACAUGCACAUCAUCAACCUCCCGCAACUCGCAGACACGGAGUCCAUCCCUAUCUUCGAGUACGUGCUCCCGCGGCUCUGCGACGCCGUAGCUACCACACUAUUCGAAGCCGGUCCCGAGGUCCUAGAAGCCUUUCUCGAUCCGCGGAAUAAGAUAUUCGAGCUGUGGCGUCGUACGCACGCAACGCACUACCAGCCCUCCAUCGUAAUCCGUCGCGCGGGCAACGAAGUCCUCGUGGGCUCCUUCCGCUCACAGGGCUUCAAGUAUAUAUGGGGUUACUACGUGAAAUCCGUUAUCGACUUUACGGGGAAGUGGACGGAAACGUAUGCCAGUCCUUGGACGGCUGCCUCCCGGGUCACCAAAAAAGGGCUCGAUUGGGAUUCUUUCGAGGUGGUGGAGAAGGAGAGCGAUAUAGAUCCGGAGGAUGCGAAGUUUGCGGUUUGGAUUGGGAGGAGUCUGGCGAGGAGGCUGCUGGAGUGGAGGGUGUGGGAUUAUGAUGAGGGGGCGGGGGAUCGGAGUGAGUUGGUUGUGGAUGGGAAGGUGAUGAGGGUGAGGAUGAGACGGAGGACGGAUAGGGAGGGGAGCGGUGGGGAGGUGAGAGAGCAGGAGGAGUAG